AUGCUAUGGGACGACGCGCUUCUCGAUGCGCAGAAGGUCAUCCAACUCAACCCUUCGUCUCAUAUUGGAUACAAAUUGGAGCAUGCAGCGUUUCAUGGCGCGCAGCGUUAUGAUGAAGCUAUUGCAGCCUUCAAAAUGAUGCUCUCAAAAUUGGAUAAUGCUCCUGACACUGAGACACGAAAGUUGCGCCAACAGUAUUCUAGUCCAUCCGAGGUAGACCGUGCUAUUCGAAAGGUCAUCGAUGCUAAACUUGACAAUGCUCCGCUGCGUGCACUCGACACCGCCACCGGUUUCUUAUGCGAUCGAGAGACACAGAUACGGACCUUCAAAACGAGCAUAGAGUAUAAGGAGCUUGUAUUAUCAACCAUCACGCAUCGAGAUAUUCAAAUGAAGCACAUCGAAGAAGUGGUGAUGAUGUACUUCCAAUAUGUCAUGCUAUCGCACAGGUGGGAAGGCAAGGAGCCGCUGCUGCAGGACAUCCAGGGCAAGGACGUCUAUAAGUUGGAUCCAGUGGGCGGCAUCAAGAAGUUGCAGUCCUUCUGCAAAACUGCUCGUGAUUUGGGGUAUCGCUGGGCAUGGAGCGACACGUGCUGUAUUGACAAGAGCGUCGAUGUUGAGCUCCAAGCAUCGGUCAAGUCCAUGUUCGCUUGGUAUCACCACUCUGCGCUCACGGUCGUAUACCUCUCGGAUGUUCCGCCUUUGUCAAAGCCUGGCGCGCUGGGAAAGAGCGCUUGGAACACCCGCGGAUGGACGGUGCAAGAAUUCCUUGCUCCCAGAGUCAUUCUCUUCUAUCAAAAUGAUUGGACUCCUUAUCUCGACGAUCGCACUCCCAACCACAAGGAUUCCGUCGCGAUCAUGCAAGAGUUGGAGGAUGCGACGGGAAUAGACCGACGAGCAGUGGUGGCCUUCCGUCCCGGGAUGAGAAACGCCCGAGAGAAACUUCAGUGGGCGUCGACACGUAUCACCACAUUACAAGAAGACAUCGCAUACUCGUUAUUCGGGGUCUUUGGUGUCCGUCUGCAUGUUGAUUAUAGCGAGAAGAAGCAGAACGCGCUCGGGCGGCUCCUGCAGGAAAUCAUAGCUCAAUCUGGGGAUAUUACUGCGCUGGACUGGGUCGGAAAGUCAUCAGAGUUCAAUAGCUGUCUACCAGCCGACAUCACUUCAUACGAAGCUCCACCAUGCAAGCUCUCACCUCCAUCCGAAGAUGAGAUUCAGUCAUCGGUCUCCUCGCUGCGGAGUGUUGUGGAUCUACAGUCGGCUUCGCAAUUAUAUGAGACACUUGACUAUCUGAGCACUCCCCGUUUCACCCACCGCCGGUUGCAUCUACCUUGCAUCGUAUUUCCGGUCAUAGAAGCCAGGCGGAAGCCAGGUCAUGACCAGAAUACAUAUACGUAUGAAGUCAAGUCAGACGGUCUUUGCAACCUAGAUAUCACCACAGAAGACAAGUUCACCCCGUUCUCGCCGGCAAGGCCGCCGCCCGCCUGGCAGACGAUUUUGCUCGUUCGUCCGUGGAGUCGCCAUCUUCUCGGGCUGCAUGACACUGCAGACCAUAUGCAGAGCGUGGACAAUUGGUCCGCGCCUGAAUCUUCGUUGCAUGAUUCACCCGCUGCACAAACCGGGCCUAUUUAUUCGGAUUCUGACUCGCGAGCAUUGCGGUUGAUUGUCAAUCUUGGACAGCCGUUUAGUGCAUUUUUACUAGCGCGGCAGCGCGACGGAGAAUUCAAGAGGAUCGCAUCCGACCAUGAUAUUAUUGCACAGGUUAAAGACAUGGCUUCUAUUAGCUACUUGGCGGACAUCAGGACACUAGAGGUACUGUAG